AUGUUACUACACUUAAAGCAGGAACAUCCGUGUAACAUUUAUGAGAUAAAAAAGAAAAAGCUGUCAAGAAAUUAUGAUGACUUGUUUAAAAUGUUACGUCAUUGCCGAACGGGAUUACGAGCAUGGAUAUCAUCAUCAUCAUCAUCAUCAUCAUCAUCAUCAUCAUCAUCAUCAUCAUCAUCAUCAUCAUCAUCAUCAUCAUCAUCAUCAUCAUCAUCAUCAUCAUCAUCAUCAUCAUCAUCAUCAUCAUCAUCAUCAUCAUCAUCAUCAUCAUCAUCAUCAUCAUCAUCAUCAUCAUCAUCAUCAUCAUCAUCAUCAUCAUCAUCAUCAUCAUCAUCAUCAUCAUCAUCAUCAUCAUCAUCAUCAUCAUCAUCAUCAUCAUCAUCAUCAUCAUCAUCAUCAUCAUCAUCAUCAUCAUCAUCAUCAUCAUCAUCAUCAUCAUCAUCAUCAUCAUCAUCAUCAUCAUCAUCAUCAUCAUCUCAUCAUCAUCAUCAUCAUCAUCAUCAUCAUCAUCAUCAUCAUCAUCAUCAUCAUCAUCAUCAUCAGGCAUAUACUCAAGGGACAAAUAAUAAUAACAAUAUUCAGAUUCAAGAAGUGAAGUGGAUAACUAAUGUUCAACGGUUGUAA